GACAGUUCUUCCCGCCUUUUAGAUGAACUAAAAGAAAAAAGACAAGCAUGGAAAGUGAGGACACAAAGAAGAUACAAGGAAUAAAGACUGACCUGAACUUAUUAUUGGAGUGUCUAAAGUAUCAGAUGAACAACCCUUCAUCACAAAAGGAAGUUUUGGUUACUAUUCAUUCAGUUUGUCAACUAAACAGUAAUGCAGGUCUUUAUUUCCGGGAAAUUGGUGGUUUGAUAUUUGUAAAAGAUCUUGCAAAAUCCAGUGAGCAUAGCAUGGUGAAAGAAGCAGCCUUAUAUGUAUUAGGAGUUGUUGCAGAAGGAAAUGUUUACUGUCAGGAAACUUUGUGUACUUCAGAGGUCUUCAAAGACUUGACUUUGCUCUUAUCUAAUGAUGAUUCAAACACAAAUUUGAAAAGAAUGUCUUCCUAUGUUCUUUUGGUUCUGGUUUCAAAUAAUCGGACUGGACAAACGCUUGUGAGAGAAACAGGUUGUAUUGAAGUUCUGUCACAGUUGUUCAGGACAGUUCUUUCAGAUUAUGAGUUGGAUUUGUCAGAUAAUAAUGUUUUCCAGAGUUACCAGUUGUGGUCUUCAGUGUGUGGGACUCUGUGCGUCUGUGUCAACAAUCCUCAAAACGAUGAGAAUCAGAUGUUUUGUUGUUGCCUUUUUUCACAUGCUAAUAAAUGGCUAAUGAAUUGCAUGAAGACUGAGAUCAUUCGCCCUAUAUGCUCAGUCAUUGGACUUACUCUUGCCAACAACACUCAUGUUCAGAAAUGCUUUGUAUCUGCUGGUGGACUGGAUAUAUUAUCUCAAGUUCUUGUGCGACUGGAGUCUGACUCACAAAAGACUGUUUCCAGUGCUAAGCUUGCGGUGGUAGUGACAAAGACUGUGGAUGCAUGUAUUGCUAAUAAUCCUACUUUUGCAAUGGUAUUAUCUAAGUACCACAUUGUUUCAAAACUUCUGGCGUUACUACUUCAUGAAAGUCUUUAUUCAGGAGAAAAAAUUAGCAUCAUACUUACCCUUGGUCACUGCACAGAGGAUUGUGAGGAAAAUCAGUAUGAACUUUUUAAAAACAAUGGACUUCCACUGAUGAUACAAACUUUAACUGAAUCUAAGAAUGAAGAACUAAAUAAAGCUGCUACUUAUGUGCUUCACAACUGUCAAAAAAUUACUGAGAGGUUAUCUCUAAGUCUAAGAGAGAAUUCUUUUGAUGACAAUGAAGCAAAACAAUUAAAGGACAUGAAGGCAAAAGAGAAGAAUCUUGAAGAAUACUGGAAGAUAGCAAAGGAAAUUGCUCACAGAAUAGAACAACUUGAAGGAAAAGGAAAUGAGGAAAACAUACAAAGAGGACAAUAUAAGGAUAAUACCUCAUCUGUGAAAACACAAAGUCAGAAUAAACUGAAGCAGCUCUGUGCAGAUAGUAUUGGAGGCACCAAAGCAGAAUGUAAGGAUACAGACCAAGCUAGACAGUCCUGUGGAGUUGUGUCUAAAGCCUGUGCAAAUGACAACCAAAUGAAGACUCUACGAAAGAAUACAAAUCCAGUUAAUUCUUGCUAUAGGGAGAGUGGGCAAAAUGGGACUUUAAAUAAGACCAGUUCAAGCUGCACUCAAAAUUUACAUGGAAUAACAACUUUUGACCAAAAAGAUUCUGUUUCUCAAUCAAGUGACCAUGUUUUUAAACAUCCAACUUACACUGUCAAAAACAGAAAGCAGCAGGUACCACAAACAGAUCCAUUUACAUUGUGUUUAGACAUAAUAGAUGAAGAGGUUGUUGGUUUUCAAGCAACUGAAAACGACUCUAGAAUGAUGAAGUAUAGGUGCUCAGGUUGCAUAACAAUAAGAAAACCCCUCAACAGCCGAAAUUUUAGCAAGCUUUUGCACUCUUGCCUGUACCAAUGUGAUCAUCACAAAGUCAUUGUGGAAGCUGAAGACAGAUACAAAAGUGAACUAAGGAAAUCACUUAUCUGUAACAAAAAAAUUCUGCUGACCCCACAUAGAAGACAACGGCUUAAUAGUGAAUCUACUGCCCCGGAAGGAAUAAAAACUAUUCCUCAAAAACCAGAUAGUCAGAAAUUUCCAAGUUUGGAUGCACAUGCCUUUAAUCCCAGCACUCAGGAACCUGAGGCAGGUAGACCCCAAAUUGAAGGCCAGUCUGGGCUACAUAAAAAAAGAAUUCGUAAAAACUUUACCAAAGAAGAAAUAAAUUAUCUUUUCCAUGGAGUUAAGAAAAUGGGAAACCACUGGAAUUCAAUUUUGUGGUCUUUCCCCUUUCAGCAAGGCCGGAAGGCUGUAGACCUUGCCCACAAAUACCACAAGCUGAUCAAAGGCCCCAAUUGUGCAGCUACCUGAUUGGAAGAGACUGUCAGUUUUUGGUUUGGACUCUUAAAAUACAAUUCCAUAAAAGAUAUCAAAUAUUAAAUAUUCUUAUAAACUCUCAUGAGAUAGGGAAUGUUGAAACAGGGAUGUUUUAAUUAAAUUUUUUGUGACACUGAAACUCUUUAAACUAUUACUAUAAUUUGUAAAGCAAAUAUAAUUUCAAUGUAAAGAUUAGUAAGAUAAAAUUCCUUAUUAGUGAGAUGCCUUUAUUUUCUAUAAGCUGAAAGAAUGUAUCUCAGAAGAGAAAAUAGCAGCCAUUAAACAUUAUUUAACAUUAUAUUGUCAUGAAUACCGUGUGUGACAUUUGGAUUUCAGUAUUUUUGUCUAGUGCCAAAGUCCAUCCCUAGAACUCAGAAAUUUCUCAAGCUGUUCAUCGGAGGUUCUC